AUGAUUAUGAAUAAUGUUGGAACAUCAACACCCAGUUUCAAUAGUUUUCCAAUCGGUGGUAUUAUAAAUCCAAUUUUUACCGAUCCAUUAGUUCAGAUCGAUGAAAUUGAAGCAACAAAUACGGAACGUGAAUUGGAAACAUUUCCAUCACCACCGCCACCACUUUCAUCGUUAUCAUAUUUACCAAAAACAGCAUCAGCAGCAGCAGCAUCAAAACCAACAACAACGACAACAAAACCGGAAACAAUUGAUCGUACGGAUUCAGCAUCAAAUGUUUCAGCAUCUACUCAGCAACAUCAACAUCAACAAUACGAUUGUCCAGAUUGUCAACAAUUUCAUCAUAAUCAUCAUCGAAUUUAUGUUCAAAAUCAUCAUCCACACCCUCAUCAUCAAAAGCAUAAUAAACGUCCCGUUUAUUUGCCCACAACGUCAUCAGGUUAUGCCCCUUAUCCACCACAAUGGUAUUAUCUAUUAGCAGCGGAUACGAAAAAAUUCCGUAAACAUCGUCAUACACAUUAUCGUCGUGAUUGUCGCCAAUGUAGAGAGAUUGUUCGUUCGACAUUUGAACAAUAUUAUCUUCGUGCUGGUCAACAACCACAACCACAACCACAUUUAUUAUCAUCAUCAUCGACAACAACAAUGGGUGAAAAUUCAUCACCAGAUUCUAUUGGAUCAAUUUCAUUGGAUCCUCAUUAUCAUCAGCAACAGCAACCAUAUUCAUCAUCCGCAUAUCAUUCACGUCCACCUCCAUCGCCAACGUUUUUAGCUAACAAUAGUCCAACACCAUCACCAUUAGGUUUCUAUAGCCGAUCCAGAGCUAGUUGUGGCCAUUCAUGUCUAAAAUUUACCAUUUUAUUCUAUUGUUGUAUUUCUGUCAUUAUGGCCAUUUGUUUUAUCUGUUAUCUGACACGAAUGUUUGGCUUGAUGGCACCAUCUGGUGGAAAUUUUAUCGCUUAUUAUCCAUCAAAAAAUUAUUCAAUCAUUGAUGCUGGUGGAGAUAAUAAUCAUUUCAUUUCAUCAAUAAAUUCAACACCAACAAAUGAAUUGAAUUUAUCCGAUAAUGAUGAUGAUAAUAAUAAUAUUUCUUCAUCGAUAAUGAUAACGGGCUCUAAUGAUGUUAUGGAUCCAGAAUUGCCGGCAACAAGUUUAUUGGAAACUAUUCGUUUGGAAAUGAUUGGCCUAAUAAUCUCUUCGGCAUUUAUGAUUAUUUUCAUACUUGGUUUAAUAGGCGCAUUUCUUGAAUCAAUUCUUUGUCUACGAAUAUUUGGUGCCAUUCUUUCCUAUCUAUUUUUGUUGACAUUUGGUUCAGCACUUUAUAUUGUCAUCUUGUUGAUCAUAUCACAUGUUCAAUUGAAAUUGAUUCUUUCAACCAUUUCUUGUGCCGCUGUUGCCAUCACCAUUCAUGGUCUGUUAGCCAUAGCACCAUUUGCAUUUGCCGAUUUAAUUAGUGAAGAAAGUAAUGAAAAAUUCACAGAAGCAGCUGCAGCAGCUACAGUUAUGGCCAAUUCAACAUAUUUCAAAUAUCCAUCCGUUCGUUUCUUUUCACAAUUACCAAUUCAUCAUCAUCGUCAUCAAUAUAAUAAAAGCGGUUAUUUUGGUUUCACUAAUCCUGCUACAUCGUUUUCUUCAUCAUCUAAUCGACCGAAUACUAAUACUAAUAUAAUUUAUCCAACAUCAUCAAGCCAACAAACAUUUUAUCGAGAUACCCCUAUUGAAAGUAUACCAACAUCUGAUGAAUCAUUACCAUUUACAACACCAACAAAUAAUAACAAUCCAAGCAACAUAAAUCAAGGUCCAAUUGAUAAUAUAUCAUCAGAAGGAUUAAUACCACCAUUAAUGAACAAUGUGAAUGAACAUCGAAUCCAAAAUAAUUCAUCAGGACAACAACAACAACAACAAACUGUACGAUUCACUGAUAAUUGGAUGUAGUGGUAGUGGUUUUCAAUUAGUUAGUCUAAAUAUUUCAAUGUGUAACAAUAAAACAAAACAAAAAAAUUUAUUUAUUUUUUUUUGAUGAAAUAAAAUACAUACAUUUUUGACUUUU